UUCAGUUUGCUAGUGGCCUAUGUUGAGUGAACAUACCAACGAUGAUUGAUGCAUCAGAACCCGGCGCAGCGAAGACCGGCGCGUACAAAUACGAAGAUGGUACAAAAUAUGUGGGUGACUGGAACUCUAAGGGCCAGAAGCAUGGAAUGGGCCACCUCAUCCUGCCUGAUGGGACGAGGUAUGACGGGUCGUUGAUGAGCGGCCUCUGCUCUGGACUCGGAGUUAUGACGUUCCCUGAUGGUGCCAAGUAUGAAGGAGAAUUCAUGCAAGGCUGGUUCCACGGCCACGGAGUGUUCUGGAGAGCUGAUGGUAUGAAGUUCGAGGGGGAAUUUCGUGGUGGACGUGUAUGGGGACUUGGUCUCGUCACAUUCUGCGACGGCAGCAAUGGUUUCCCAAGAAACGAGGGCUUCUUCCAGGACUGCAAGAUGAUCAGACGCAAGCGAUGUCCAGAAGUUGUACAGCGGGCGCAAAAAGUUGCUUACAUGGCCCGAGCCCAGUGCCAGCAAGUUUAAUACCUUAUGUUAUUGGAGUAGAGCUUAUUUUUAAAAAACACUCUAUUAUUUCUAAGAUCUGAACUUGUAUUAGAUGAUCAUGCGCAUGCAGCGUUGUACAGUUGGCGCAAAUAGUUACUUCUAUUGCCUGAGCCCAGUGCCAGCAAGUUGAAUACCAUAAGUUAUUGGAAUGGAGAUUAUUUUUAAAUGUCACUGUGUUAUUUCUAAGAUCUAAACUUGUCUGAAAGAUGUUCAGGCGCAAGAGAUGCCCGAGCUAGUGCCAGCAAGUUUAAUACCUUAUAUUAUUGGAAUAGAGAUUAUUUUUAUAUCACUGUAUUAUUUCUAAGAUCUGAGGUUGUCUUGAGGGCAAUGGAGGAAGAUAAAUACAAUUGGAUUUUCCUUUAAAAGCAAAACAAUGGGUAAAUCUUUUACUGAAGAAAUGUAUGUUCAAGGUUAGCUUAUUAGUUAUUCAAAUCUGUGAUUCCAAAUGUUAU